AUGAGCUUCCCACCACCGCACGGUCAAUACCCUUAUGUCCCGCCCUCCUAUCCUCCUAAUGGGCAGCAUAUCCCGCCCCAGUUGCUGUACAACAAUGUCGCGCCGAAUCCGCCGUCGCCGUAUAACGCCGGCUAUGGCAAGCCGGGGAUGUAUCCCCAGGCGAUGAUGCCGCAGUACCCUGCCUACCCUCAGCAAUAUAAUCAGCAGCAGUUCAGUCAACAACCACAUUUACAUCAGUCUCCGUCUCAGCACCUUCAGCAAGCCCCUCCGCAGUCUCCGGCGCAGUCGUCUCCGCAGCCCCAACUCCCUCACCACCGACCAUCACCACAGCAGGUACCACACGCUCAACCGCCGUCGCAAUCACCCCGACCUCCUCCACCGCAGUCGCCUGUUCGGCAUCCACCACCAGGGCCGCGCCCCCGUCCACCUCGGCAAGAAGAGCUCCAACAUCAGUUCGUGAACCCGGCUCAGCUGUUCGUCCAGCCGCCUCUGCCGACUGCUCCUCGAUCUCGAUAUACUCAAAUCUCGUUGCAAUAUAAUGAGCCACCCAUAACCUCCGCUGCGACGGCCACUCCCCAACCACAAACUUUUCCGACCACCUCUCCGGCUCUGUCGCAAACACCCGUACCUCCGAUUGCCCGCCCCCCUUCUGCGACCAUAAAGUCAAACAACGAAAACAGUCCACAACAGGCAACCGCAAACGCUCUGCAGCCGUCCCCCAUUGUUAAGGCUGAGCUGACGCCCAAGCCUUCUCCGAAAGUGGAGUUGAAGAAAGCUCCACCCGUCCCUUCACUAUCACCAAAGAACGCUCCGCAGAACGUGCAGAACCGACAACCGAGCCAACAGACAGCUGAGAAGCUGACGAAGCCUACAAAACCCCCAGUCGAUUACCAGGUUUUGUUGCUGUCUUUGGCCGAUGAGUAUUUGAAUGCUGCCCACAAUUCCGGAACGAAAGCGGCGCUGGCGACUCGUGAGGCAGAUGUUGAGGAGUAUUACAAGCUAGUUGCCACAGGGCUUGGCUGCUUGGAAGCGGUGCUCAAGAAUUGGCGACUGCAACCUCGCAAAGAAGCUCUGGUGCGACUUCGCUAUGCGCGCACUCUUUUCGAAGAAACGGAUAAUGAUAUCGAGGCAGAGACAGCUUUGAGCAAAGGGAUCGAUCUUUGUGAACGGAAUCGCAUGCUGGACUUGAAGUACAGUAUGCAGCACCUUCUUGCACGAAUGCUUCAUAAGAAGAACGCCAAGACUUCCUUGAAGGCUGUCGAUGGCAUGAUCCAAGAUGUAGAGGCGUAUCGCCAUGCCGCUUGGGAAUAUGCAUUCCGUUUUCUUCGAGUGACACUUUCGCUGUCGUCUCGGGCACAUCAAGACUUUGUGCAAGCACUACAGCACCUUCACAAGAUCGCAGCUAUGGCCAGUCGGAAUGGUGACAAGGCUGUGUCGGCCAUGGCGGCUGUCAUUGAAGCCCUGGCCCAUCUGCAGCAAGGGACGAGCUCGGACUCCAUCGAGCAGGCACAGCGAGCGGUGGCAGUGGCACGGAGUCAUCAACUGAACGACGAACUUCGUCACGUUCCCCAGCUGACGACCAUUGUGCAGAUGGUUGAUAUCUGCUGCAGCCUUUUGGAGUUCGACGUAAACCAGUCCGCGCAGAAGUUGAAAGCCAUGCAAACGCUUAUGGAUGAGGCACUGACCGAUACCACCAACUGGAGCUCUGAUGGCUCCUUCUCCAUUCCAAUUAAUGGCAAAUCAGCUGGACCAUCGUCAAUUGAUACGGGGGACAUUUUGCAGGUCCACAAUGGAAGGCAGAGAAGUAUCUCGACGAAGGGCUCCGGAUGGUUCAAGGGGGGGUUCAAGGUUCCACAGGAGAUCUCAGAAUCGAUUGUUACUGCCAAUCGACGUGUGGAGUGGCGGCAGGCCCUUCACUGCAAUUUCCUUCUCCAGCAGGUCUUCCUGGCAUGUGCUCGGACCGACUGGGAUCUCGCCAGUCAAACCCUUAACAACCUCCGACAACUUGCCCAAGAGCUCGGCACCCGUCUUCCCGACAACGUCGAGUGUCUGAUGGAAUAUGCGGCCGGCACCAUCGCGCAAGCAACUGGUGACAUCAAGGCAGCACUGGCAAUAUUCCAGUCACCACACUUGUCGCUAUCACCUUCCUUCAGCAAAACGGCGCGCAAUGAUCCCCGGCGAGAUGCAGGUAUCCUCGCCGCGCUCAACACCGUGCUCAUCAUCCGAGACCCAACACACCCCUCACAUUACCAGCUCCCUAACGUCCUAUCCACCCUCGAAUCCUUCUGCCAAGGCAGCCCGAACAAAUAUAUCCAAGCCGCUUAUUAUCUCAUCUGCGCAACCGUUCACACCGACUCCACGAUCCAAACCAAACAGUUCCUGCAGCACGCCCUGCAGUCCGCCACGGCUAUCAGCAACAACCAGAUCACCUGCAUGACACUCACAUUUAUGAGCUGGAAAUACUUUCGAGGUGUGGUAGGCGAGCAAGCAGAGAAGAGCGCGCGAGCUGGUCGUGCUAUGGCUAAGAGAGCCAAUGACCGGCUGUGGGCCAGCGUGACGGACGAAAUGCUCGCGGAGACCCUUGAGCGUCAGGGUAAAGGCGAGGAAGCUCAGAGUGUUCGGGAGGAAGGCCAGCGGCUGACAAUGGGAUUGCCGCCUGCAUUGAGACGGCCAGCCUGA